GCCACGAACACCAUCUGGAGGUAAUUACGGCUCCAUUCGACUUGCUCCAGCUCCUACAGUAGACGGAAGACCUGUCAUGUCACAUAGACGAACAGUUUCGAACCCACGGAAUAUGUGGGAUCCCAAUGUGCAAUAUCAAGCACAAGAGCAGGCAUAUGUACAGAAAUUGCAGCAAGAUCCGGACAACGACUAUUUUGAGGCUGGUUUAGGAAGAUUACAGCUGAACGACAUUGACGACGAUGAUGAGGGUGACUUGUCGGAUAUCGAUGGUGAUGUUCUGUUCAACGAUCCUGACCUUGAUCCAAGAACAGAGGACCUGAUGUCAGAGCUGGCACCAUCGGACGCUGCACUCGAUGCCCCCGAAUCACGAGAACGCUUGGAAUGGCAGACAAUGUUGGCUUCGGUAUUGACCGGUGAAGUUGUCAAAUCCGAGAAGAAACGUAUUUCAGGAGCUGCAAACACAGAAGAGGAGGCAAAUCUACGUACAGAGUUAUGGCUUGGGAUCAGGGCCAAGGUGUAUGGUCGGGCAUUGGUGGACCAAAGGAGGUUUGUUGAGGAAGCGCGGGCGCAACUCGACAAUGUUCUUCAGGAAGUGGUCACGUUCCAAGUACAGGGUUCGGAUGUGACGGAGAAGUCGCCGCAGCAGCAGGUCGAGGAUCUGUUGAUGAGGGUGGAGAAGUGCGAGGCAUUGUAUCCGUCCAGGUCUGUCAUCAUGGCGUCGAACACGACUUAUGCAUCGCCGGACUUUCAGUACAACCUGGAUGCACUGGUAGCUUGGAGUACGGUGACAAGGAGCAUCCAAACUCAGAUCCAGAUUCUGCGGAACUGGAUCGGAAAUCAAGAGUUGGACUUGACGAGACCAAUUGAUGUCGCCCCUGCUCCCGGUAUCAACGACGAAAGCUCUUUCAUUGAGCGUAUUCUCAAGGAGAACGGUCUUCAGCGCACCUUCCAGAAGCGAACUCUGGCGACCUUGAAUGCUCUCAUCAACAAAGCCAAGGUAAACCUCGUCGAGAACGCAAAGGCAUUUGCCAAAAUGCACUUGCCACCGUAUCUUGAUGAAUUGUUGCUCCUUGUCAACUUUCCUACUAAGCUUAUCGAGGAAGCGCUUCGUCUGCGUUUGGCCUACGCCAAGAAGUUGAGGGAUCCGACGAUGAUUAUGGUCGACCAGAUGGUGGAGGACUUCCAGUUGUUCAUGAGUUUAGCAGUAAGGAUCAAGAACGAGUACACAGAGAUGUCCAAGCCGGAACCUGGAUGGGAUUUGCCCCCGUGCAUCGAUGACAACUACGACUCUGUAUUGUUGGAUGCGCUCAAGUUCUACUUUCGCCUUCUCCAUCUCAAGCUCGGUAGUGGCAGCAAAUCUGUCUACUUCAAAGAAGCCGAAAUCCUUGAAGCGGAGUGGGAUUACCUCAACGACAUCUGUCGAUACAUCGAGGGUGGUGAUCUUCAGGUCGCCGAGCAAUUCAGUUCGCUCACCAAUAAGCUCCUCAACCGUGUCAUGAACUACUUCGAGACGCAGCUGAAGGGUCCCUCGGUGCAGACUGGUACGGAGAUGACGAGGUGGUAUUCGAAGCUCCUCGAGAACGUGCGAUUGAGGCAUAGGAAGUUGCUCCGUUUCGCCAAGAUCUUGAGUGCGAGGUUCGAGAAUGCUACAGAGUACAACCUCGACAAGGAGAGUAUGCCUGUUCUCAUCGAGUCUCUGGUGCAGACUGGACACUUCUUGGCUUAUACAGCAAGUGUCGAACACGAUGGUGUAUAUAUCAUCGCAGACCCCUCCUUGUACGACCGACCAAACGACAUCCGAUCCAUCCUCAGAACCUGUUUCCACCGCGAGGAAGAGGAGGAUAACCCUCUCUGUCCCUACGUCCUCAUCCUCUGCCCCGAAGAACCGUUCAUGUGGAGUGGACGGAUCCUGAACGUCGAUAUGCCCGAGCCAAACUUGGAUAUCAAGCAAAACAGGGUACGUCUCGUCUCCGACGGUUCUCUUGCUCGUCUCGCAAACGCUCGAAGGAAUUUCAUGCACGUCACCAACAACACCCUUGAAGUACUCGUUGAGCAGCGUGCGAAUCUUCCACGUGUUAACCGAGAACUUGUCAAGAUCAAGAAGACGUCCUACAAGCUCUCUAGCUCGAUCAUGGAUAGUAUCAGCAUUAUCCGUGAGAAGACGAGGGGUUAUGGAUGCCAGGAUCUCAUUCAGAACUGUUAUGCGUUCGCCACCGAGUUUGGACAGCGUUCCUUGCGGUAUAUGGAGCCGUCACGACGUGCGGCGCAUAAUCUCAAGAUCAUCAAGUUGUCCGUUGAUUGGGUCAGCUUUAUAUGUGAUGAUUGUGUACCCAGUGAUCGAAAGACGUUUAAAUGGGCUGUUAUCGCGCUUGAAUUCGCGAUGAUGAUGACGAGGGGUAGUAACAUCCUCGCCAUCACGGACGGAGAGUUCUCGACGCUGUGCAGCAAGGUCGCACGAUGUAUGGCACUCUUGAUUUCUCACUUCGAUAUCAUGGGUGCACGGUCAAACAUGGCCGCGAAAGCAGAACAGGAGAAACUUGAAGCUGCACGUAGCCAAAUGAAGAAACCCGCAACGGACAUCGGCAAGCAGUUUGAGAGUGAGGACUUGACUGGGUACAUGCGAGAAACGAUCCUUGCGCAUCUUGAGGAAGUCGAGCAGAGGCGGAAGGUUCAACAAGAGGAGAUGCAGAUGGUUGGUAAAGUUCUCGAUGAGACGAUUGGCGAAAACAGAUCGCUCAUGCAACUGGCUUCCUCGCUAUCGAACAUCACCAUGAGGUGGCAGCAGGGACGGUUCAUCGGUGGUGGAUCGUUUGGUAAUGUGUACGCUGCUGUUAACUUGGAUACGGGAGAUUUGAUGGCCGUCAAGGAGAUUCGUUUGCAAGAUCCGCAGUCUAUUCCCACGAUUGUCAAGUCGAUCAAGGAUGAGAUGACGGUGUUGGAGAUGCUCGAUCAUCCUAAUGUUGUGCAGUACUACGGUGUCGAGGUACAUAGGGAUAAGGUGUACAUCUUCAUGGACUACUGUCAGGGUGGUUCGUUGGCGAAUUUAUUGGAGCACGGUCGUAUUGAGGACGAGACUGUCGUGCAAGUGUACGCAUUACAACUGCUCGAAGGAUUGGCCUACCUCCACCAAAGCAACAUCGUACAUCGCGACAUCAAGCCCGAGAACAUCCUCUUGGAUCAUAUGGGUGUGAUCAAGUACGUCGAUUUCGGUGCAGCAAAGGUCAUUGCGCAGCGUGGAAAGACUAGGGGUGGGAUGACUGCCGCUCGGACCAAGUUGACGAGUAUGACGGGUACGCCGAUGUACAUGUCUCCUGAAGUCAUUACGGGAUCGAGUUCGGGACGCAAGGGCGCGAUGGAUAUCUGGUCUCUUGGAUGCUGUGUCCUCGAGAUGGCUACGGGUCGACGUCCAUGGGCGAAUCUCGACAACGAGUGGGCGAUUAUGUACCACAUUGCUGCAUCGCGCCAACCCGAUUUACCCACGCCGGAGCAGUUGAGUCAACUUGGACAGGACUUCCUGUUGGCAUGUUUCGAGCGUGAUCCGGAGAAGCGGAAUACUGCUGCUGAACUGCUACAACAUCCAUGGAUUAUGCAGAUCAGGAUGGAGACGGGCAUCGCAACGGAGCAACAACCGCAGCCGCCCGCAACGCCUACGACGCCGACCACUACUGCCACUGAGGACAUGGAUAUGGCGACGAGCGCGGAAGGGGGAGCCGAGACAGGGUCGGGAGAUCAACAGGGCUACGAGGUGGAGAGCGAGAUGGAGGGCAGGAAUGAGUAAGACGUAGAUUAGUGGAUCAGGCGAUGGGCAGUUGGCGAGGCUUAGCUACGAUACAAACGAAUUGUGCACGGACAUACUUCUCGUACAAAGGGAGUGCUUGUGUGCUGUUAUCAGUGGCUGCUGCGUCAGCGCGAUCUCGGGUAACGUCGGAAAGAGAUGAAGCGGUUAUCCGAGCGAGAUGCUGUUGAGCGCGAACCGAUGAGGACGAUGGAGCAGAGGUAAUCAAUUGAUCCGGCGUUCUUCUUCUUCUAUCUAUGACUCACGGACAUCACCCACCCUCACGGCAG